AUGAAGAGCAGGGGAGGGCAUAGCACCUGGCGGAAGAUCGUCUAUGGCGGAGUCUUGGCGCUGGCCAUCAUCGCGCUGCUGGCAAUGCGCCCGGGAUCGGAAUCACGCGACGUUGGUGAGUUCCUCCCUCGGGAGAUUAGAGGUGAAGCCAACAGGGUUGUCAAAGAGAUCGUGGAGGAGAGCCACGCGAUCAACAGUAAAAUUGACCAUAUCGUGUCUCUCCCAGACAACGAAUUCCUCUUCAUUGUCUCGAGAUCCUCGGCGCGAGAUGAGAGGAUCGUCAAGGACCUCGCAAAGGGUCACUGUUACUUGAGAUUCCCGUCGGGACCGAGGCCCAUCGCCGCGAGGAUUGUGGACAAUCUUCGCGGCGAUGGCGGGAGGAGGAUGAUCCGGUGCCGAGCAAUCGACCAGCAGCUCCCAUUGCAAUCCCCGCUGGUCGCCACCGCCCAGAUUCAAUCCAGCGACGGCAAGAUCACUCUCGGGAGCCGUGGCCGAUCGCUGGAGCUCGUGAAUUGGAACAGGAUCGUCUUUGCGGCGCUGGCCAGGGAAGAAGAUCUUGUGCUCUUCACAAAGGGAAUUUUCUCGGUGAAGAAGGAGACUCCCCCAAAGCGCGCGAGAUGCGUCUUCUACACGGACAAUGGCGUCGCGGUCACAUACACUCGCGUGCUCGGGCUCGCUCAAGAGAUUAUUCGCUGCGAAUAUCCGCCGGGACAGGGAAGAUCUAGGGGCAGCCUGGUGUCGGUGGUUCCAGGAGAAGGUACAGGGGGCGACGCCGCGGCGCCGUCGGUGGCGGUCUACGGCGGCGCCGCCAGGGAGGGGCAAAGUGCCCGGCCCCGGCAUUUGCUAUGCGCGUGCACGAUGGUCCACAACGCCGCCAAGUUCCUGCGCGAGUGGAUGCUCUACCACUCGCGCCUUGGGAUCGAGAAAUUCGUUCUCUACGACAACAACAGCGAGGACGGGCUCGAGGAGGCGGCGGCGGAACUGCGGAAUCGCGAUGGAUUGGCGGUGGAAAUCGUGCCCUGGCCGUGGAUCAAGAGCCAGGAAGCCGGCUUCUCGCACUGCGCCGCCAGCCGCAGGGACGAAUGCCAGUGGAUGGCAUUUGUGGACGUGGACGAGUUCCUCUUCCCCAAGCUCUGGCUACAUUCCGGCGCCAAAUCCACAAACGCAACCGGGACCGUCGGAUCGUCCCCUCUAGCGCGGGCGAUCGCCGCCGCCACCCGGAAUCGCUCGCAGAUGGUCGGCCAGAUCUCCUUCCACUGCCGCGAUUUCGGGCCAUCCGGGCAGGCCACGCAUCCAACGGCGGGGGUCACGCAGGGGUACACGUGUCGUGUGGUCAAGGAGCAGCGCCACAAGUCACUAGUCCGGCUGGAGGCCGUUGACCGGGGACUGGUCAACGUGGUCCACCACUUCACGCUGGGUCAACGCUACGCGACCGCGAGGAUGCCGUCGUGGAAGGGCGUGGUCAACCACUACAAGUUCCAGGCGUGGGACGAGUUCAAGCAGAAGUUUGAGAGGCGGGUGUCGGCGUACGUGAGCGAUUGGAAGGAGGAGCGCAACAUCAAGUCGCAGGAUCGAACGCCCGGGCUGGGGAGCAAGGCGGACAAGCCCGCCGACUGGGAGCGCCGCUUCUGCGAGGUCCAAGACACCGGGCUCCGGGAUUACAUUCUCAAAACCAUGGCUUCUCCGGACAAGUUGGAGCUUCCCUGGCAGUCGUAG